UCUUUUUUUUUUUUGCCGAUUUGCUUUACGAUAUUUUUGACAAACCAGAAGUGUCAGCCUAUGGCAAAGUUGUUUCUGGAGAGAAUUGUUUUAAUUAUUUAUUCGCUUUUUUUCUAGUUGAAGUCAAACGGAGAUCUUGAAGUCUCACUUCUGAGGAUACGAGAGAAGCUUACAAUGCGAGAAGCGUCCGCACAUUUUGUGCAGCUUUUGUCCACAGUGCUAGCUAACGAGCUCAUUUAGCCUGAAUCCUGUUUGUCAGCUUUCGUUCCUGGAGAAAGUACGAGCGAAAUUCCAUGUGAGACAUCCUCGCGUGUUCACCCCGAGCCCUCUGGGUGCUGUCCUUAGCAGACUCACAGCCGGGUUUUGAUCGUAAAAUGUGGCUACAGCAACGACUGAAGGGGCUACCAGGCUUGUUAUCAAGCAGUUGGGCGAGAAGACUCCUUAUAGGACUGUUGCUCUUCCUCAUUUUCUAUUGGUACCUGGGAGCCGAGCGAAGAUGGAGGUUAUUCGGUGGCUCGGCCAUGCCCGGAGGGGCGGCCGGCCAGUGUCUCUUGACUGAGAUCUACAGGUGGAGGUCUCUGGUAGACCGAGGAGAAGGCAUAUACAGCACACCUCAGGAACGGCUAGACACGCCUUUUGUAACUGGAAACGGCCAUAUUCUGAUUGAUAUUGAGUCUAACAAACUUUGGGUAGCCUCAUCCUCACAGCCUGGCUCGGCUCCGGUACACCAGACUGAGUACUCUCCCAGAGUCACCGUCAGCCUGGAUGGGGCGCUGGCCGAGGCUGAGGCUAACAUGCUGUGGUUCCGGAAGGGAUCGGUCCUGUCAGUCCGCUGCGCCUCACCAGCCACCCUGCAGUCAACCCGAGACUGUGUCACUAUUAGAGAGGAGUUUAUUGCUCAUAGAAGCAGACCUAACGUAUUUCUGCAGCGAAUCCAUAUCAACAAUCCCUCCGAUAGGGCGCUUAACCUGGACUUAUCGUCUGGAAAUCCCUCUUUCGGUAGCAAGUUCUCCACCAGUGUGGAGAAACUGGAGGACAGAGAGGUAGUCCUCUCCUCUGGCAGGGUGCCGGUGGAAAAAAAUAGGAUGGUUCUGGUCGUGGUGGUCACCAAAAAGCUAAGCAGCAGGAUCCAUGUUUUGGCUAAGUCAGAGCACGUAGACAGCAUUGUGAGUGUGGUGUGGACCUCAGAGUCCAUCGAGUCCUCAAUGCUGGAGGAGACCUUCAGCGCCCUCAAAGACGGAGCCAAAAAGGAGCUGGAAGAGUUGCUGAGGACCAGUGAGGAUGACCUGGUCAAACACCACCAGGAAGCCUGGAGGGAGCUCUUCAUUUCAGGUAUUGAAAUGAGGAAGAUCAUCGACUCCCACACGCCAUCGAGCCGCACUGUGAACACCACCCUCUACUACAUCUUGUCCUCCUCCGCGGCUCCGCUUCUGGACCAAAGGCUAAAUGGCGAGGAGCGCGCCAGUCUCGAAUCCAGUCUCAACUACGCUGACCACUGCUUCAGCGGCCACGCUACCAUGCAUGCAGAAAACCUGUGGCCUGAGAGAGUAAGCAGCACUGCUCAGAUCCUGCAGCUGGUCACGCUGUGGACUCUGACUUUGCACAAAAGAGGCUGCAAGGUGUUGGUAGCUGCUGGGGCCCAUGGAGUCAUGCAGGGCAUGGUGCUCAGCUUUGGUGGCCUUCAGUUCACAGAGAACCAUCUUCAGUUCCAGACCGACCCAGACGUGCUGCACAACAGCUACGCAUUGAGAGGCAUUCACUACAACCAGGACCUCAUCAACUUGGCGGUGCUGUUGGAUGUGGACGGAAAGCCUUUUCUCCACGUGUCGGUAAAGCCGCAGGAAAAGCCGGUGAAGCUGUAUGCCUGUGAGGCCGGCUGCCUCAACGAGCCCGUGGAGUUAACCUCAGAGAUCAAAGGCCACACCUUCCCCGUCAUGGUGACGCAGCCCAUCACGCCGCUGCUCUACAUCUCCACAGACUUGCGGCAUCUGCAGGACCUCCGCCACACUCUGCACCUCAAGGCCAUCCUCGCUCACGAGGAACACAUGGCCAACAGGUACCCAGGCCUGCCCUUCCUCUUCUGGUUCAGCGUGGCCUCGCUCAUAACUCUCUUCCACCUUUUCCUGUUCAAGCUCAUAUACAACGAGUACUGUGGACCCGGAGCUAAGCCUCUCUUCAGGAGCAAGGUGACCAGCAAACAUGAGGAUAACUGCCGUGACUCCUUGGACACUGAGUGAAUGCUGCAGCUGUGUGAUGCACACACAUGUGGUCCUGCUUGAGCUUGGGGGGGUAUUAACAUGGAUGUGCUGACCUGUAAGUCACAGUCGUCAUCUGCUGCAGAGCGCUCCUGUAAAACUAACUGGUUAAAAUGGAAUUUAGUUUAUUAACCCAGAAAAUAGAGCUCAUAAACCCAAAGCAUGAUCCAGUGAUCCAAAAACUAAGUGAAAGCAAAAGUUUAGUACUAAUCGUCAGUGUUGGUUAAAGUGACUGUGACUAACAACAAGGA